AUGUGCUACUACAUCCCAAUCCUGCACCUGCACUGCGGCUGCACCACCUUCGAGCUCCCGGUCCCGAACCCAUGCCGCGACGCUCUCAAAAACUCAAUGCCAUGCCUCUACAUCCCCGAACCCGUCUCUCGUCCAACGUCGCUUGACUCAGCUCCGGGCCUCUCCUAUACUCCCUCAACCGUCUCGCAACGAUCGGACUCGUCUUGGCAAACACGCGGCAGCGCAUCGAGCCUCAUCGCACCAAAUUACCAGCACCCAAUCGACGCGUUCAAGGAAGACGAUGUCGUGAAGGAGCUGACGCUUUGUCCGUUUCAUGAGGAAGAUUGGUUGGAGAGGGAUAUGCAGGAGAGUGGAAGGGAGAAGGUGGGCUUGGCGCAUCGGUUCUUGGUGGAGAAACGACGACUGAGACGAUUGAGGAAGCAGAUGGAGGAGAUGGGGCGCGGAAAGGGUGAGGAUAGAAAGAGGAAGCGGGAGGAGGAUUCACCAGAACGAAAGUACAAACCCCACUUGUGGCAAUUUUAA